GGACAUCCGACGGCUGAAAUGUGCUAUAUGGGUCCUCGAAAAGUUCAUGUGAUUGCUGUAAGCCCGGGAUUUUAUUACGGGUUUACUAUUUUGGAUGGGAUUGUAUGUUCUUUAAAUUCAAUUAACGCUACAUUUUCUUCGAACAGUCAUGAACUCAACAUGUUAGUUGGUUGUGAUGGGACGUCAUUUAGAAAGAGCACAAAUAGUCAGUUGUGGCCUAUACUUGGUAAAGUUUGCAUGGAAGGAGCGCAAUGUUUUGACAUUGGUUUUUAUCAUGGGCACGCAAAGCCAGAUGAUGUAAAUUCUUAUCUGAAACAUUUUUGUGACGAAAUUUCUAAAUUAAUGAACGAGGGUUUUCAAUUCAAGGGGUGUCACAUUAAAAUUAGAGUAGAAUCUUUUUGUUGCGACGCUCCCGCUUGUAGUUUUAUUUAAAAUGUCAAGCCUUGUGGAGCGUAUUAUGGGUGCAGGAAAUGCAAAGUUGAAGGUGUAUAUGUACGGAACAAAUCUGGCAAAAGCGGUAGGGUAACCUAUCCCGAAAUAGAUGCGAUAUUGAGAACUGACGAAUCUUUUCGUGAUCGAGAUCAAAUUUAUCAUCAUAGUGGAUUUUCUAAUUUGGAAAAUUUGUCGAUCAAUAUGGUUGACGACUUUUGCAUAGAUCCAAUGCAUCUUGUUUACUUGGGAGUUAUGCGUAAAUUGUUAUACAUUUGGGUGCAUGGAAGAAAGAGCAUGAAAGUAAGGUUGUCUUGGCAACAAAUGAAUGAAAUCUCAAAAAUUCUUUUGAGAAUUCAAUCAUUGAUUAGUGUGGAAUUUUCUCGAAAGAAUCGAACGCUAAAUGAACUAUCUCGGUUUAAAGCUACCGAAUUCAGGUUACUUUUGUUUUAUAUUCUGCCAAUAGUCUUAAAAAAUCGCCUUCCCGAUGAAGUUUACCAACAUUUCAUUUUGCUUCACGUCGCGAUCAGAAUUCUGUCUUGCAAACGAAGCGUGGAAGAAGAAGCCAACAUUGACUAUGCACACAGUCUCUUGACUCUGUUUAUUCAGAAGUCUGUCAGCAUUUACGGAGAUCAAUUUCUUAGUUAUAAUGUUCAUAAUCUUAUUCACUUGGGAAAUGAAUGCAAAAGACUUGGAGCACUUGAAAUGUUUAGCUGCUUUUCUUUUGAAAACCACAUUGGUAAACUAAAAAAUUUGGUUCGUAAGAGCGCGAAACCCCUUCAACAAAUUGUGAAUCGUGUAAUGGAAUUGCGCUCCAAUGUUCCGGUUCAAAAGAAAUCAACAAAUCCAAAUUUAAUCAAAGUUAUUUACGAACAUAACAAUGGGCUAAUGAUUCAUGGCCUACGAGGGCAGCAAUUUGAAAGGGUAAUUUUUCAAAAAUUGAGAUUUAGUUGUAAAAGCCCAGACAACUGUGUGGUAACUGAUGAUGAUUCUGUAAUUUUGAUUGAAAAUUUUGUUGAAAACAGAGAAGGAGAAGUAUAUUUCAUUGGAAGAAAAUUUAUGAAUUCUGAGAAUCUUUACAAUCUUAAUGGAUUAGAUUCGAAAACAAUAGGCACACAAAUUGUUAACACACUUUCGAACAAUCUAGAAUUUUGGCAAUUAAAUUCCAUUUCUUUCAAGGCUAUGAAAAUUCCUGUAAUUCAUGAUAUUCCACAGUCUCCAAAAAGUUUUGGCAUUGUUUCAAUAAUGAAUUUUGAUGCAGAAAACUAAAUAUUACUAAGUGAAAUAUAGGUAAUUUAAAAUGCUUUAAGUUUUUGUGUUAAUAUUAUAACGUUCGUCUCGUUUUAGGCAGAAGCCAUGGAUCCUCCCAAAGAAAUUGUCCCCAUAAAGCUGCAAAAUGGAAGCUAUUUAUGCUC